CCCGCCCUCCCCGUUCGCGCGGUCGCUUUAAGGUCGGGCGGGGCCGACGGCUCGGCCCCUGGAGCUCUGACCCCGGCUGGCAGGGAGUCUCCGCCGGACCGACGGCGCGCGAGGACCCGGAUCGGAGGAAAGACCCGAGGGACAGCCGUCCCCAGGAUCGCGGCCGCUCUCAGGUCUCCGCGCCUGAACCACGCCUGACCACCUGCCACCCGAUGGCUUCCUCCAAGACGUGUGACGCGAGCCGAGGGGCCUCCGCUCUGCGCUACUGCAUGACGGUCAGCGGCAUGGUGCUUCUGGUAGCUGGGACACUCUGCUUCGCUUGGUGGAGUGAAGGAGAGGCAGGGCCCUGGCCCGGCCAGCCAGCCCCACCCACUGGGCACCCCAUGCCUGAGGCCCCCAGGCCCCUGCUCAGGCCGGUCAGCUUCUUCUGCUGCGGUGCAGGAGGCCUGCUACUACUCUUGGGCCUGCUGUGGUACGUCAAGGCCAGCACCCGGGGGCCUCCCCGGUGGGACCCAUGUCACCUCUCCAGAGACCUGUACUACCUCACUGCAGAGCCCUCGGAGAAGGAGAGCUACAGGCUCCCAGAGGUGGCUGCCAUCCCCACUUACGAGGAGGCCAUGUGCUGCCCACUCGCCGAGGGGCCCCCGACACGGCCCAUGGACCCCCUGGAGGAAGGCCUGAAGGACAGUGCCUUUGGGGAUGCCCUGCUCAGGACCGAGCGCCCCCUGCCGCCGCCCAGCUACGAGAGCAUCAUUGGUGCGGUGCGUGGCAUCUAUGGAGAGACAGGCCCAGCUCGGACUGCAGGUGGGGGAAGCUCAAGGCUCCCAGCAGACCCCAGAGCUGGAGACAGGUGGUGAGCUUGGGGUGUAUAGUGCAGGGCCUGGCACACGGGAGGCACGCGACAAAUGUUUGCUGCUGAAUGCUCGCGUAUUGACCUAUUGCUGUGUAACAAACGGCUUCAAUUAAAUGCAUUUCA